UGGUCUAAUUUUUAAUUUUUGUCAAAAGAUUGUUGUCAUCUGAUUGUCAUCCGUAUUUACUUCAAAAGUGCAGAUUACGUGAAAUUUUAAGGAUGUCUCUGGGACCGUUCUUGCGUUCUCCGAUCACGGAUUUGACCGCCUCGAUUGUCAACUACCAGCAGUACGACAAAUGCGGCGAGCUCGAAAUGGCAUCGAUCGACUGUCUGGAAGCUUACGGGACGAUCAGGGGAGCGGAAAAAUGUGCUGAUAUUUUGAGCGAUUUCAAAGAAUGCGCCACUAUGCAUGUGCAGAUGAAGCGCUUCCAGGCAAUGCGUUUGGAGAGACAUCGUCAGGGUCUGCUUGGGGAUAGGAAAUCCAGUGAAUACUAUGCCAAACCUCCACGCAUUGAUGCUUAUUAGUUUGAAUUAUAGAAGUUUUGAUGGAUGAAUAAACUAUACAUCAUCGUA